GGUGAAUCAAACAUGGCAACAGACUCAUGGAAGAAGCAUUCUAUGCGAACAAAUGGGUCUCAGGGCUAUGGUAUUGGUGACCAUUACCUUUCAAAUGGUGUUCAUGUAAGACACAGGGAAACAGGUGUCAUUGAAAAACUUUGUCAAAGUUAUGGCUUUAUUGAGUGUGCUGAACAGGAUCUUCGAGUGUUCUUUCAUUACAGUCAGUACAAAGGACAUUCAAGUGAACUGGAACUUGGUGACUGUGUGGAGUUUGAAGUGACAUCAGAUUCUCGUAAGGAUAAACCAAUUGCAUGUCGAGUAGUGAAAUGGGAAUAAGGCUCUGUUACAUUUGAA